CAUUUGUAUACCAAACCCGACCUAAUUUAGACCGAAGAGAAAAAUAGGGAGGAUAAUUGAGUGUCCUUGCAGUGGGUCAGGGUCCAUAUCCUCUGUUAGUCCGCUCUAAAUAUAACCAUGGACCUCAAGGGACUAGGAGUGGACUUUGAUUUGGCUGAAGUUGGUUGUCAAGGAAAGUUUGUACCAGUUCCAAAAAGAAAGAACAAUGAAGGUUUUCCCAGGAAAACACUCCCCGCGGGUCUGCCACCCAUCCUGCCGUCCUGGGGGGAAGAGCUUGAGGACUAUCUGACCUGUAUAGAGCAGGUGCCCGUCCAUGACCUCAACAGUGCACAAAGAUUCUGGCCAAGAGAACCACACCCGGAGAACCUGUAUCAUGCGGAAGUGUCUGGAGUUCAAACCACGAUCCAGGUGGAUAGAAACCCCACCACUGGGGAAUUGCUAGGAUACAAGGAGGAAUAUCUGGAGAGUACAUCCGAGGGUAAAACUUCUCUAUCCCUCAGGAGACCCCCGGGCCCUGCCGGUCAGGAUGUCAGGGGGAGCAGUGCCAACUUCCCCUUUCUGCCUGGUGGUAUGGAAGAAGUAGAGACCAUGCUCUCUGAAGACAAGACAGAAUUUUUGGAUUUUGAAAAAGAUUUGUUAUCAGUGGCACCAGGUAUGAUGAAGGGUAUGACCUUUAAUGACCUUGACAUUGCACCCAAACAGAAGGAACCCACUUUGUUGAAUCUAGCCGACCUGAUGUCUGCUGCUGAUCUUGAUGAAUUUAACCUUGGAGAUGAUGAGGACGAAGGGGAAUCCAAGAAUGAAGACCAUGAUCAAGGUCAUAUCCUCAGUGAGGUCAAACUGGAAAAAAGUGAAAGUCUGGAAAACCUUGUAAAGAUUGAUGAAGACAGGGAGACUGAGCGAGGGGUGAGGGUGGGGGGUGAGGGGAGGCAGGAGGAGUGGGCUGUCAAGGUGGAUGUGGACCACCCUGUGGCAGACUUCCACCAGAGGAUCCCAGACAUGGCCUACAAGUGGGAGUUUGAGUUGGACGUGUUCCAGAAGCAAGCCAUCCUUCACCUGGAAAACCACGAGAGUGUGUUUGUUGCGGCCCACACCUCUGCUGGAAAAACUGUGGUAGCCGAGUACGCCAUUGCCCUCUCCAUGAAGCACAUGACCAGGACAGUGUACACGUCCCCUAUCAAGGCUCUGUCCAAUCAGAAAUACAGAGAAUUCAAGCAGACUUUUGGAGAGGUGGGACUAAUUACAGGAGAUGUCCAGAUUAACCAGACCGCAUCCUGUCUCAUCAUGACCACAGAAAUUCUCAGGUCAAUGCUGUACAAUGGAUCGGAUGUUAUAAGAGAUCUAGAGUGGGUGAUCUUUGAUGAGGUCCAUUACAUUAAUGAUGCAGAGAGAGGUGUGGUGUGGGAGGAGGUACUCAUCAUGUUACCGCAGCACGUCAAUAUUAUCCUUCUGAGUGCGACUGUACCCAACACACUCGAGUUUGCAGACUGGAUUGGGCGGACUAAGAAGAAGAAGAUCUUUGUGAUCUCCACCCUGAAGCGGCCCAUUCCUCUGGAGCACCACUUGUACACCGGCACCACCGGCAAGACCAGCAAUGAACUGUUCCUCAUCGUGGACGGCAAGAAAAACUUCCUCACCAGUGGAUACAAUAAGGCACUGGAGGCAAAGAAAGAAAAAAGCAAGUCUUCACAAGGGUUUGGACCCAAAGGAACAAGGGGAGGUCACCCGAAUAAGGACAAGAAUAUCUGGAUAUCGGUGAUUGACAUGCUCAAAAAGAAGGAUAAACUACCGGCUGUGGCGUUCACAUUUUCUAAGAAGAAGAUUGAUGAGAAUGCUCAGAACUUGCUGAGUAAGGACCUGACGACGGCCAGCGAGAAGAGCGAGAUUCACAUCUUCUUCCACAGCGCUAUAAAGAAGCUGAAGCCGCCCGACCAAAAGCUACCACAGGUUCUACAAAUGGAGUCCCUCCUGAAGAAUGGUAUAGGAGUGCACCACAGUGGAAUACUGCCCAUCCUUAAGGAAGUGGUGGAGAUGCUGUUCCAGAGAGCUCUAGUCAAAAUUCUCUUUUCCACUGAGACGUUUGCGAUGGGAGUUAACAUGCCGGCCCGUACUGUGGUGUUUGACAGCAUCAGAAAAAACGACGGGACAUGUUUCCGGGACCUGCUGCCCGGGGAGUACAUCCAGAUGGCAGGUCGGGCCGGGCGGCGAGGGCUGGACACCACCGGCACAGUCAUCAUCCUGUGUAAGGGCGACGUACCGGAGAUGUCCGACCUACACAAAAUGAUGCUGGGGAAGCCCACCAAGUUGGAGUCACAGUUCCGGCUGACUUACUCCAUGAUCCUGAAUCUGCUGCGCGUGGAACAGCUGAGGGUGGAGGACAUGAUGAAGCGGAGUUUCUCCGAGUUCCACCACCAGAAGGAUGUCAGCAAACACAAGGUCACCAUCGACCAGCUCCACAAACAGAUCGCGCAGAUCCGUCCAAUAGAGUGCUACCUCUGCUCUGUGGACCUGGAGAAGUACCAUGAGAGCUGUAGAGAUUACCAGUGCCUAAGGAGGAAAUUACAGGAGGUAGUGUUGUCUCAUCCUGCAGCCAUAAAAGCCCUAACAGCAGGAAGAGUCAUUGUCAUUAGCAAUAGUUUCCAUAGCAACCAACUGGGGAUCAUUUUGAACUCUACAAUGGCAGCUAACAAUGAGCGGGUUUUCACUUGUCUUGUAUUGUGUGAUAAAAAUAAAUCUGUGAAAUCACAAACAGAGAAAGUGCCAGGCAGUGAGGAGGUCACUCCUGUCACAAAUACAGACCUCUUUUUGCCUGAGGCCCCGUGUGGCCAUGACCUUGUACAGGUCAAGGCCAAGGACAUCAGUAUGGUGACAGUGAAGAGUAUACGUGUGGAGGCCAACAAAAUAAUGGACGACAUCAAGAAACGACAGAUGCCCAGAUUCAAAGAUGACCCUCCUGGUAAAUCUGUCACAACUGCUACCCAGGAAUUGCUACGCAUGGUUGAAUCCAACAUCCACGGUCUGGCGGGGCUGGACCCGGUCAAGGACCUUCACCUUCGUGACAUUGACCUUGUGGAGCAGUUCAGGUCUCUACAACUGAUAGAGGACAGCUUUAGGGGCUACCAGUGUAUCAACUGCCCACACUUCACUGAACAUUUUAGAGAACAUGACAGAAAUGUGAAACUGAAGGAGGAGUACAAGCACUUGAAGUUCUUGUUGUCAGACGAAAGUCUGAUGCUCCUGCCGGAGUAUGAACAGCGGGUCCAGGUUUUGAAGCACCUGAAUUACAUAGAUGAGAACAAUGCUGUGCAGUUGAAGGGUCGAGUUGCCUGUGAGAUAAGCAACCACGAGAUCAUGAUCACGGAGCUGGUGUUUGAGAACAUCCUGACCAAGCUCCACCCCACUGAAAUCGCGGCCCUUCUCUCCUGUGUUGUGUUUGAACAGAAGAAUUGUAGCGAGCCCAAACUUGCUCCAGAACUUGUCAAGGGAAAAGACUCCAUACUGUUCAUUGCUCAGAAGAUCACUGCCCACCAGCGGCGAUGUGGAAUGAACCUAGUUGGAGACUACGAGGACGAGUUUAAGUUUGGCCUAAUGGAGGUUGUGUUUGAAUGGGCUCGGGGUCUGCCCUUUGCCGAGAUCACGGGUUUGACUGAUGUACAGGAGGGAAUCAUAGUGAGAUGUAUUCAGAGAUUGCACGAGACGUUGCGAGAUGUCAGGAAUGCGGCUCGUAUCAUAGGCGACCCUGUCCUGUAUCGUAAGAUGGAAGAGGCCUCACAGAUGAUCAAACGAGACAUUGUAUUUGCAGCAUCGCUCUACACGCAAUAAACAUUGACAUUGCUUUGCAAUUUUUAUCUUUUGUGUCCUUUUUUUUCACUAAAAGUGGAAUAUGUGCAUUUACCGGUAGGUGUCAUCAUCAGUCUGUUCAUCGGUUACUGGUAGUGCGAUUUCACCUAAUGCUGCGUUAAAGACAAAUGUGUUUAUGAUUUUUCAAAGGCUGCCUAUUUAGAAUGCAUUCAGCAUUAUAAAAAAAAUUUCAAAUUACAAUUGACUGUACAAAACUUUUGUAAAACAAAUCCCUUUCCACUUCAUUUUAAAACAAAGAAUAUUCAAUGUGAAUACAAAGAAUCUGUUGUAGAAAGAAAGAAGCACUCUAUUUUCAUAAUAUGAUCAACAUGUCUUGGAUGACUCAAAUAGAUUAUUAAAAAUAAAGAAGAGA